UUCUGAAGUUCUUGAAGCAAUAGAAAAUGUUAUUCUAGAUGUGCUUAACAGCUUGGCCCAAAAAAAAGCACCUGUUCUUACGCUGGCUAACAGAUCGGACUGGAGGAACAUAGAAUUUAAAGAUUCUGUAGGUCUACAGAUGAUACCACGUUGUACUACAAAACAAAUAAGAAGUGACUGCCCUAGAUCAGCACCCAAAUUUGCUCUGAUGCUCAAGAUAUUAUCUAUGAUCUAUAAGAUGGUGCAGAGCAAUACUUAUGCAACUAAAAGAGAUAUAUAUUAUUCAGAUACACUACUCUUUGGUAGCCAAAGUGUUGUGGACAAUAUAAUCAAUGACAUUUCUUGCAUGCUUAAGAUACCUCGGAGAAGUCUACAUAUACUGUCUACAACUAAAGGUUUUGUUGCUGGUAAUUUAAGUUACACUGAAGAAGAUGGUACAAAAGUGAAUUGUACCUGCAGUGCAACAGCAGUCACUGUGCCAUCUAAUGUUCAAGGAAUUAAAAAUUUAAUCUCACAUGCCAAAUUUAUGUUAAUUGUAGAAAAAGAUGCAACUUUUCAGAGACUCCUGGAUGAUGACUUCUGCAAUAAAUUGUCCCCAUGCAUAAUGAUUACAGGAAGAGGCGUACCAGAUCUUAAUACACGACUUUUGGUCAGGAAGCUGUGGGAUUCUUUUCAAAUUCCUAUUUUCACCCUUAUGGAUGCAGAUCCACACGGUGUAGAAAUAAUGUGUAUCUACAAAUAUGGAUCUGUGUCAAUGUCUUUUGAGGCCCAUCAUCUCACCGUCCCAUCCAUAAAGUGGCUUGGUCUCCUUCCAUCUGACCUUGAAAGAUUAAAUAUAUGCAAAGAUGUCCUGAUUCCACUUACGAAGCAAGACCAAACCAAGCUAGCGAGCAUUCAGAAGAGACCUUACAUUGCUUGUCAGCCAGCGUGGAAAAAAGAACUGGAAAUUAUGGCAGCAUCUAAACUGAAAGCUGAAAUCCAAGUUUUAACUUCGCUUUCAUCCGAUUACCUUUCCAGAGUCUAUUUACCAAACAAACUGCAGUUUGGCGGGUGGCUGUGA